UCCACGUCAUCAUCAUAGUUUGCGACUCAAACGAUGUGCUCAAAUUUUUACCUUUACAGCGGACUUUUGUCCGGUGCUGGACGAUCCGAUCGGCGGCACGCAGCAAUGCAAAGACUGGGGUUCCGGCAGUCAGUUUAAGGUAUGCGAAAUUUCUUGCAACACCGGACUCCGAUUCUCGCAGGAGGUUCCCAAGUUUUACACGUGCGGCGCGGAAGGCUUCUGGAGGCCCACCGGUGAUCCCAGCCUACCUCUGGUCUACCCCGCUUGUACAACCGCCACUCCGGCCCAGAGAGUCUUCAGAAUUAAAAUGAGCUUCCCCACGUCGGUGCUCUGCAACGAAGCCGGCCAGAAUGUGCUCCGCGACAAGGUCAAAGGCGCCGUCAAUUCUUUGAACAGGGACUGGAAUUUCUGCUCGUACUCUUACGAAGGUACUCGCGAGUGCAAGGACCUCGAUAUCGACGUGCAAUGCGAUCAUCGCGCACGCACGACAAGGGAUACGAGCGAUGAAGACGGCGGAACGUACAUCAUCUCCGCGAUCGUGCCCGCAAAGCCAACGAGACAGGGUCGCCAAGGCAGUGAUACCUACGAGGUGGAGAUCUCGUUCCCGGCGAUAAACGAUCCUAUCCUGAAUGCCAACACGAACGAGCGCGCUACCGUGCAGACGUUGCUCGAGAAGCUGAUUCUGCAGGAGAAUAAAUUCGACGUCCAUCAGAUCUUACCCAAUACCGUGCCCGACCCCGCGUCUCUCAUUCUGGAAUCCGACUAUGCCUGUCCGAUCGGCCAAGUUGUCAUGCCACCGGAUUGUGUACCAUGCGCGGUGGGCACUUAUUACGACGAGAAGAGGAAACAGUGCGCGUCUUGUCCAGUCGGCACUUAUCAGAGCGAAUCCGGUCAGCUCAAGUGCAGCUCCUGUCCGGUGAUCGCCGGUCGUCCCAGCGUGACCGUGGGUCCCGGUGCGCGUAGCGCAGCGGACUGCAAGGAGCGCUGUCCCGCAGGCAAGUAUUACGACGAUGUGGCCGGUCUUUGCCGUAGCUGCGGCCACGGAUUCUAUCAGCCCAACGAAGGCAGCUUCUCCUGCCUCCUGUGCGGCCUCGGCAAGACCACAAGGACGGCCGAGGCGGUCUCUCGCGAGGAGUGCCGGGAUGAAUGUGGCUCCGGACAGCAACUGGCCGUCGAGGGCAAGUGCGAGCCGUGCCCGCGCGGCACGUAUCGCACGCAGGGGGUUCAAGCGUCCUGCCAGGCCUGUCCUAUCGGCAGGACGACUCCCAACAUGGGAUCCGCCGCCGUAGAGGAGUGCUCGCUCCCAGUUUGCGAGCCUGGGACUCACCUCAACGGUACGCUCAACGAGUGCGUGGAGUGUAAGAAGGGCACGUACCAGUCGGAACCGCAACAAACCUUCUGCAUCCCGUGCCCACCCAACACGAGCACCAAAGGUCCCGCAGCCACGAGCAAGACGGACUGCACGAAUCCGUGCGAGACCAGCGGCGAGGAAAUGCACUGCGACGCAAACGCCUACUGUCUACUUAUACCGGAGACGAGCGACUUUAAGUGCGAGUGCAAACCCGGAUACAACGGCACCGGAACGGUUUGCACCGACGUGUGUCUGGCUUACUGCGACAACGAGGGCGUCUGCCUGAAGGACUCGCGCGGACAACCCUCGUGCAGGUGCAGCGGUAGCUUCACCGGCAAGCAUUGCACGGAGAAGUCCGAGUUCUUCUACAUCACCGGCGGCAUAGCGGGUGGCGUUAUUCUGAUAAUUAUCGUCGUGCUGCUCGUCUGGAUGAUUUGCGUGAGAGCUUCCAGAAAGAAGGAGCCGAAGAAAAUGCUCACACCGGCGACUGAUCAGAACGGCUCUCAGGUUAAUUUCUAUUACGGCGCACCGACGCCCUACGCCGAGUCGAUAGCGCCGUCGCAUCACAGCACGUACGCCCACUACUACGACGACGAAGAGGACGGCUGGGAGAUGCCCAAUUUCUACAACGAGACUUAUAUGAAAGAGAGCCUGCACAACGGCAAGAUGAACAGUCUUGCUCGAUCGAAUGCCAGUAUUUACGGCACGAAAGACGAUCUUUACGACAGACUGAAGCGUCACGCGUAUACCGGUAAAAAAGAUAAGAGCGACAGCGACAGCGAAGGCCAGUGACCGGGUAGAGCAAUGAGUUUCAUGCCAACGUAGAGUACGAAAAAGUGAGAGAUAUCGAUGUAAUCAGACGGGGCGACGACGGUAUCUCAUUCUUCGUGCGGCGACGUCGUCGUCGUCGUCGUCGUCGUCGUUGCUCCUUCUCCCGAUCGACGGAUCGAAUGUUAUAUUUAUUGCAUAUCCUUCUUCUGAGACGUAGCGCACUGAGAUCCGCGGCCGCCCUUGUCGGAACUAAACGCGGGGCCGAACGACAUCGACAAAAAAGGAGCAAGAGAGAGAGAGAGAGAGAGAGAGAGAGAGAGAGAUAGAGAGAGAGAGAGAGAGAGAGAGAGAGGUAGUGAUUCGAAGAGCCGCGAGAUCUCCCGUUGACGUGAGAGACGCGCUUCGAUCGACGACGAGCGACGCAAAAGUCCUGGAACGACGAUCGAUAAGCGUAACAUAUUUAUAUAUA